CCAAUGGGCCUGUGUUUGGGGCCUGCAAAACCCAAUGGUGUGGCGGAGAAGGCGGGUCCGACAUGGGUUAGGGUGUCCUUGCAGGGUGUCUGAGCUAAACUUCACCAAAUAAUAGCUGUUUGUAUUUUGGCUGCUGCAGGAGCCAUUUUAGAAAUAAAGACCUUCCUUCAAUAGAUGAAAAUGAAAAUACAGAAGAAAGAGAAGCAGUUGUCAAAUUUAAAAGUUUUAAAUCACUCCCCAAUGUCUGAUGCCUCUGUCAAUUUUGACUACAAAUCCCCAUCCCCAUUUGACUGCAGCACUGAUCAGGAAGAGAAAAUUGAAGAUGUUACCAGGCACUGUCUGCCCCAGCAGGACCUAUACACUACUGAAGAAGAAGCUGACACCCUUUUCCCUAGGAAAGUGACAUCCUGCAAUGGGAUGGAGGACAGUGGAGGUGGAGGCACUGGAGUAAAGAAGAAAAGGAAGAAAAAGGAGCUAGGAGAGCAAGAGGUUGCAGCAAAGGGAAAUAAGGACAGGGAGCCCAAGCCAAAGAGGAAGCGAGAACCUAAAGAGCCAAAGGAACCCAGGAAGGCCAAGGAGCCGAAGAAGGCCAAGGAACCCAAGGAGCCCAAGCAGAAAGAUGGAGCAAAGAAGACUCGGAAGCCCCGAGAGGCCUCUGGCACCAAGGAGGCCAAAGAGAAGAGGAGCUGUGCUGACUCUGCAGCCAGGACAAAGUCCAAGAAGGCCAGCAAGGAGCAAGGACCAACCCCAGUGGAGAGAAAGAAGAAAGGAAAAAGGAAAAGUGAAACAACAGUGGAGAGUUUAGAGCUGGAUCAGGGACUGCCGAACCCAUCCCUGCGGAGUCCUGAGGAGUCCACUGAGUCUGCUGACAGCCAGAAACGACGCUCAGGUCGACAAGUGAAACGCAGGAAAUACAAUGAGGACCUCGACUUUAAAGUGGUGGAUGAUGAUGGGGAAACCAUCGCUGUUCUUGGAGCUGGCCGAACAUCUGCGCUCUCGGCUUCUACACUGGCUUGGCAGGCAGAGGAACCUCCAGAAGAUGAUGCAAACAUCAUAGAGAAGAUCCUGGCAUCUAAGACCAUCCAGGAGGUUCACCCAGGAGAACCUCCAUUUGACCUAGAGCUAUUCUACGUUAAGUAUAGAAAUUUUUCCUACUUACAUUGUAAAUGGGCUACAAUGGAAGAGCUGGAAAAGGAUCCUCGCAUCGCACAGAAGAUCAAGCGAUUUAGAAAUAAACAAGCGCAGAUGAAGCACAUUUUUACUGAGCCUGAUGAAGAUUUGUUCAACCCAGACUAUGUAGAAGUUGAUCGCAUUUUAGAGGUGGCCCACACAAAGGAUGCAGAGACAGGGGAGGAGGUAACACAUUACCUGGUGAAGUGGUGCUCCCUGCCAUAUGAAGAAAGCACGUGGGAGCUAGAGGAAGACGUGGAUCCUGCAAAAGUUAAGGAAUUUGAAUCUCUGCAGAUUCCUCCUGAAAUUAAGCAUGUGGAGCGGCCCGCUUCAGAUUCCUGGCAGAAACUUGAAAAGUCUCGCGAAUAUAAGAACAGUAAUCAGCUCCGCGAAUACCAGUUGGAGGGGAUGAACUGGCUUCUUUUUAAUUGGUAUAACAGGAAAAACUGUAUUUUGGCUGAUGAGAUGGGCCUAGGCAAAACCAUUCAGUCCAUCACAUUCCUUUCAGAAAUAUUCUUCAGGGGGAUCCAUGGUCCUUUUCUCAUCAUUGCGCCCCUCUCUACUAUCACCAACUGGGAGAGGGAGUUCCGGACAUGGACAGAGAUGAACGCCAUUGUGUACCACGGCAGCCAGAUCAGCAGGCAGAUGAUCCAGCAGUAUGAGAUGGUGUACAGGGAUGCACAGGGAAACCCCCUUUCAGGAGUCUUCAAGUUCCAUGUUGUCAUCACAACAUUUGAGAUGAUCCUAGCAGAUUGCCCAGAGUUGAAGAAAAUUCACUGGAGCUGUGUGAUAAUUGAUGAGGCCCACAGGUUGAAGAAUAGGAAUUGCAAACUUCUAGAGGGGUUAAAGCUGAUGGCCCUGGAACAUAAAGUACUACUCACCGGGACACCUUUACAAAACUCUGUGGAAGAGCUCUUCAGUUUGCUAAAUUUUCUGGAGCCAACACAGUUUCCUUCAGAGACUGCAUUCUUGGAGGAGUUUGGAGAUCUGAAAACAGAGGAACAGGUAAAGAAACUGCAGUCUAUCUUAAAACCAAUGAUGCUUCGGCGCCUGAAAGAUGAUGUGGAAAAGAACCUUGCUCCAAAACAAGAGACCAUCAUUGAAGUAGAACUGACCAAUAUCCAGAAAAAGUACUACCGUGCUAUCCUGGAGAAAAAUUUUUCCUUCCUAACUAAGGGAGCAAAUCAACACAACAUGCCCAAUCUCAUCAACACCAUGAUGGAGCUGAGAAAGUGCUGUAACCAUCCCUAUUUGAUCAAUGGGGCAGAGGAAAAAAUUCUGGAAGAUUUCCGAAAGACCCACAGUCCUGAUGCCCAUGACUUUCAGCUGCAGGCCAUGAUUCAGGCAGCAGGGAAGCUGGUGCUGAUUGAUAAACUGCUUCCUAAACUGAUUGCAGGUGGCCACAAAGUGCUCAUCUUCUCCCAGAUGGUGCGCUGCCUUGAUAUUCUCGAAGAUUAUCUCAUCCAGAGAAGAUACACCUAUGAGCGAAUUGAUGGGCGAGUACGGGGAAACCUGCGCCAGGCAGCCAUCGACCGAUUCUGUAAACCAGACUCAGACCGCUUUGUCUUUCUUCUGUGCACCAGAGCGGGAGGCCUGGGGAUCAAUCUCACAGCUGCUGAUACCUGCAUCAUAUUUGAUUCUGACUGGAACCCACAGAAUGACUUGCAGGCUCAGGCCCGAUGUCACCGUAUAGGCCAGAGCAAGGCUGUGAAGGUGUAUCGCCUCAUCACUCGGAACUCCUAUGAGCGGGAAAUGUUUGACAAGGCCAGCCUGAAGCUGGGCCUAGACAAGGCUGUCCUUCAGGACAUCAACCGAAAAGGCGGCACCAAUGGAGUACAGCAGCUUUCAAAAAUGGAGGUGGAGGAUUUGCUCCGGAAAGGUGCUUAUGGUGCUUUAAUGGAUGAGGAGGAUGAAGGCUCCAAAUUCUGUGAAGAAGAUAUAGACCAGAUUCUGCAAAGGCGAACUCACACCAUCACCAUCCAGUCCGAAGGGAAAGGGUCCACUUUUGCUAAGGCUAGCUUUGUGGCUUCAGGAAACCGGACAGAUAUUUCCUUAGAUGAUCCUAACUUUUGGCAGAAAUGGGCCAAAAUAGCUGAACUGGACACUGAAGCAAAGAAUGAAAAGGAAAGCUUAGUGAUCGACCGGCCUCGCGUAAGGAAGCAGACCAAACACUACAACUCAUUUGAAGAGGAUGAGCUGAUGGAGUUUUCAGAGUUAGACAGUGACUCAGAUGAAAGACCCACAAGAUCCAGACGCCUCAAUGACAAGGCCAGGCGCUAUCUCCGAGCUGAGUGCUUCCGAGUAGAGAAGAACCUGCUCAUCUUUGGCUGGGGCCGGUGGAAGGACAUCCUGACUCAUGGGCGAUUCAAGUGGCACCUGAAUGAGAAGGACAUGGAGAUGAUUUGUCGGGCCCUGCUGGUGUACUGUGUCAAGCAUUAUAAGGGGGAUGAGAAGAUCAAGAGUUUCAUUUGGGAACUAAUCACACCUACCAAAGAUGGACAGGCCCAGACCCUCCAGAACCACUCAGGAUUGUCUGCCCCAGUCCCUAGAGGGAGGAAAGGAAAGAAGAUGAAGAACCAGCUACUGCUCCCAGAACUGAAGAAUGCAGACUGGCUGACCACCUGCAACCCCGAGGUGGUCUUGCAUGAUGAUGGCUAUAAGAAACACCUAAAGCAGCACUGUAACAAAGUCCUUUUGCGAGUCCGGAUGCUGUACUACCUAAAAGCUGAAAUACUGGGAGAAGCAGCUGAUAAAGCAUUUGAGGGAACUCCUGCCAGGGAACUGGAUGUGCUUUUGCCUGACAUUGACUACAUGGAGAUACCAGUGGACUGGUGGGAUGCUGAGGCUGAUAAAUCUCUUCUCAUUGGCGUUUUCAAGCAUGGUUAUGAAAGGUACAAUGCCAUGCGAGCAGACCCAGCCCUCUGCUUCCUGGAGAAAGUCGGGAUGCCAGAUGAGAAGUCUCUUUCAGCAGAACAGGGUGGUACAGAUGGGACCUCAGACAUUCCUGACAGAGGCAACAUGGAUAAAGAAGACAAUACUGAAGACAAAUUAGAUGGCCUCCAGAAACAAACGGAAAAUUCCAGUGAUGGCGUUGAAGGCAUUUUUGGUGAAAAGAAGGAUGACAGCCAGGCAGCCCAGGAUAGCUCCGACCCAGACAAAUCACCCUGGCCAGUUUCAUCUGCUCUCACAGCUCGUCUCCGGCGUCUGGUCACUAUUUACCAGCGAUGCAACCGUAAAGAGCUCUGCCGACCUGAAAUCCUGGGACCAGGUAACCAAGGAUACUGGGUUCAAGAGGAGAUGUUCAGGAGAACCUCAGAAAUGGACCUCAUCAACAAAGAAGCCCAGAAGAGGUGGACCAGGAGAGAGCAAGCAGACUUCUAUAGAACAGUAUCAUCCUUUGGUGUUGUUUAUGAUCAAGAGAAGAAAACCUUUGACUGGACCCAGUUCCGCAUCAUUUCCCGUCUGGACAAGAAGUCAGAUGAGAGCCUGGAACACUAUUUUUAUAAUUUUGUGGCCAUGUGCCGGAAUGUUUGUCGUCUGCCCGCAUGGAAAGAUGGUGGUUCCCCUGAUGCCAGCAUCUACGUUGAACCCAUCACUGAGGAACGAGCUGCAAGAACUCUGUACCGCAUUGAACUGUUAAGGAAAGUCCGAGAGCAGGUACUCAGGUGUCCUCAGCUGCAUGAGCGUCUCCAGCUCUGCAGGCCCAGCCUCUACCUCCCAGUCUGGUGGGAGUGUGGGAAGCACGAUCGAGACCUCCUCAUUGGUACAGCCAAACAUGGGCUUAACCGCACUGACUAUUACAUCAUGAAUGACCCCCAGCUGUCCUUCCUGGAUGCCUACAGAAACUAUGCCCAGCAUAAAAGAACUGAUACUCAGGCACCAGACAGUCUCUGUUGUCUUUACCAGACCAACUCCAAAUUAUAUGAAUCUCUUACCUAUACUCAAAUGAGUAGGACUUCAGAGUCUCUUGAAAGUGAACCUGAGAAUCUGGUGAAAAUUGAAAACAGAGAUGAUCAUCUUGGUCUGUCUGGGGGCAGCUUUCCUGAUGUGACUUGUGACAACUUUAUUUCCAAAGUUCAGGAUGUUAUUUCUAUCAACCAUGAUGAAAGUCUGCUGCCUGAGUCCUUGGAGAACAUGAUGUAUGGUAAGAAGGUGCUCAACCGAGAGCCAGGCUCUUUUCAGGAAUGCCCAGUUAUCAAUACAGAAUCUAGAAAAGAUGCUGUUAACAUCUUGGCAAGCAAAAACACAAGCUGCCAGCCUGGUGACCAUGAGGCGGAAAUAGCUUCAGUCUCUGUUAUGGAUAGUUUAGAGGCAGGAGUAGCUCAAAUGAACAUUAAAAGUGGAAAACCUUCGUUGACACCUAUUUCAAAGGAAAGGGAGCGCUGCUGCAGUGAGGCAGGGCAGAGACCUGAAAGCAUAGGGCAGCUAGAAGCCAAACGCUUACCUUCCCCUGCCUUGGAUACAAGAAAUGAAAGUGGGUUUGUAGAUAUGUGCAGUCUCAGUGUCUGUGACUCUAAAAGAAAUCUCUCAUCAGAUCAGAAAUUAAUUGAUUUAUUAGAAAACAAAAGUUUAGAAAGUAAGUUGAUUUUGAGUCAGAACCAGAGUGAUGAGGAGGAGGAAGAAGAUGAAAAUGAGGAAGAAACUUUAGCCAUGGCAGCAGGCACAAGAGAAAAGCCAGAGAUUGUGCAUCUCACCAAGCCCACUGGUAAUGUCCCAAGGGAAAAGACCCAAGGCUUCCAUCUGAAUGAAGCCAAGAAAGGAAGCCUAGAGGUGGUGAGCCAGCCUCCUGGACCACCGAGGGCCUUUUCUCCAGCAUCCUGUCAUUGCCACUGUAAACACAUGGAAAGGUGGAUGCAUGACCUUGGGAAUGAUGAAUUUGAAGUGGAGAAACCCAAGGCUUAUAACCCAGUCCUGUACAGAAGCAAAGCCAAUAAUACCACAGUGGAAGGGGAGCCCACUGCUAUUCCAUCAGAGCCAUUUAAAGUGAAGCCUGAGCUUUUAAAAGAGGCUUGGAAAGAAAGUGCAGAAGGGAAAAAAGGUUUCUCUACAUAUGUUGCUGAAGGAAGUGAGCCCAAGUCGGAAGACAUGGAUUUUGAGAAUAAAGAUGAUUAUGACAGAGAUGGGACCUGCCAUAGUCAAGACUAUCCAGGGAAAUACUCUGAAGAGGAGAGCAAGAGCUCAGCAUCAGGUAUUGCAGGAGACCUUGGGGAUGACCCACAGGAGGCCCGUGCUCCCACCAUUGCCCAGCUGCUGCAGGAGAAAACCCUCUAUUCCUUCUCAGAGUGGCCAAAGGAUCGUGUGAUAAUUAAUCGCCUAGAUAGCAUCUGCCACGUGGUGUUAAAGGGGAAGUGGCCUUCCAGCCAGCAGUAUGAGCCCUCAGGCACACUGUCUGCUCCAGUCUUAGCCAACAGUGCUGGUUCUCGGAACAGCCUCUCAGAACCAGAAGUGGCAGGACACAGUUUGAGCAGUGGUGCCACACUGGCAGCUCAGGUCCAGAAGGAGAGCUUCUUAGCUCCAGUAUUCACAAAAGAUGAACAAAAGCACAGACGUCCCUAUGAGUUUGAGGUGGAGAGGGAUGCCAAGGCUCGGAGCCUAGAACAGUUCUCUGCCACCCACGGGCACCCCCCCAUCAUCCUCAAUGGCUGGCAUGGAGAGUCAGCUAUAGACCUCUCCUGCUCAUCAGAGGGGUCCCCAGGAGCCUCAUCCCCUUUCCCAGUGAGUGCCAACACGCCUAAGAUUGGGGCUAUCGGUUCACUUCAAGGAGCCCUUGGCAUGGACUUGUCUGGGAUCCUGCAAGCUGGUCUGAUCCACCCAGUGACUGGACAGAUUGUCAAUGGAAGCCUCAGAAGAGAUGAUGCUGCCAUGAGGAGGCGGAGAGGAAGACGGAAACAUGUUGAAGGAGGGAUGGACCUCAUCUUUUUGAAGGAACAAACACUUCAGGCAGGAAUCUUGGAAGUCCAUGAAGAUCCAGGACAGGCCACUUUGAGCACUACACACCCUGAAGGCUCGGGACCUGCCACCUCAGCCCCUGAGCCAGCAGCAGCAGCCAAUGGCCAGGCCGAGAAAGCCAUUCCCAGCAAGAGCUUGCUUGACUGGCUGCGGCAGCAGGCUGACUACUCCUUAGAUGUUCCUGGCUUUGGGGCAAAUUUUUCAGACAAACCAAAGCAGAGGAGGCCACGCUGUAAAGAACCUGGAAAAUUAGACAUCAGCUCUCUGAGUGGAGAAGAGAGGGUUCCUGCUGUCCCCAAGGAGCCAGGACUGAGGGGGUUUCUCCCAGAAAACAAGUUCAAUCACACCCUGGCUGAGCCUGUACUUCGGGAUGCAGGCCCCCGCAGGAGGGGGAGGCGGCCUCGGAGUGAACUCCUGAAAGCUCCAGCCAUUGUGGCAGACUCUCCCUCUGGAAUGGGGCCGUUAUUCAUGAACGGGUUGAUUGCAGGAAUGGACCUGGUGGGAUUGCAGAAUGUGAGAAAUAUGCCAGGCAUCCCUCUCACCGGGCUGGUGGGCUUCCCAGCUGGCUUUGCAGCCAUGCCUACCGGCGAAGAGGUGAAAAGCACCCUGAGCAUGCUGCCCAUGAUGCUGCCAGGCAUGGCUACAGUACCCCAAAUGUUUGGUGUUGGGGGACUCCUCAAUACUCCCAUGGCAACCACCUGCACGUCCACUGCUCCAGCUUCUCUCUCAAGCACAAUAAAAAGUGGUACGACAGCCACUGAAAAGACUACACAGGACAAACCCAGCAGCCAUGUUGUAAAACCAGACACAUUAGCUGAAGACAAGCCUGGUCCUAGUCCAUUUUCUGAUCAGUCUGAACCCGCAAUAACUACUAAUAGCCCUGUGGCUUUUAACCCGUUUCUCAUCCCAGGAGUGUCUCCUGGACUCAUUUACCCAUCCAUGUUUCUCUCCCCUGGUAUGGGCAUGGCUCUGCCAGCCAUGCAGCAGGCCAGACACUCUGAGAUAGUUGGCCUGGAGAGCCAGAAGAGGAAGAAGAAGAAAACGAAGGGGGACAACCCAAACCCCAACGCAGAGCCUGCUCCUGGCUGCGAAAGGGAGCCAGGCAGCGAUCAGAACUGCUCCGAAUCUAGUACCCCUUUACCCCCAGAGAAAGAACAUGUGGCACAGGUUGGAGAAGGGGGACUCAAAGACUCCAGUAAUGACACCAAUUAGAACUUUUUCGUUUAAGAAAUUAUUGUGACUUGUAAGUUUCUUAUCCCAUAAAGGUUUGUUACUUCCCUCACUUCACCUUCAUAAGAACCUAUGUUUCCAUAAGUAAUAUGACCUACCUAAUUUCCUGUUUGAGAAUUAUGGUAACAUGUUAAUAGUUGCAGGGUCUUGCCACUUUGUUAGAUAAGUGUCGUCUACCUAGUCUAGGAGGCACAGAAUUCUUAAUUCAGUUAUUCAGUCGUUCAUUCCAGCAGUUGUAGUUAAUACAGUACUUGGUGACACACCCUACCCCCUUCUCUUUCAAGUUUCCCACUUAUCUGGGGAAAAUGGCAAAAGAAAACUGUCCAGGAUUUACCAUUGAAGGGUUGGAGAACAGAUACAAAGAGGAGCUCUUUUUCUUGUGAGCUAGGUUGAAUAGGAAAAGUGUAGCAAGAAAACCAAAAAGCACAGAAAAAGGAAGCGCUGGUGUGUAUUUUUGAGUUAAAAUAUAGCCCUGUUUUAUCAUGAUUUCUGAGUGAGUAGUAUAGUCCGAAGUAUAUAACUAAUGGUUGAAAAUGCAUAUAUUGAUUUUUUUUUUUUUUUUUUGUACCAAGGAUUAAACUCAGGACCUUGCACUUGCAAGGC